CACCUCCUCCUACUCUUAUUCUAGCAGCACUUGAGUCUUCUCUACUAAACAGACACAAUACUGGCAAGGCACGGGGAGAAAACCGCUAAGAAGUCUUCUUUCUUGUUUUCUGCGCACAUGUGCAUAAAGACUCGGUGCCUGGCGAUGAUCAGGUUAGAGAAGUGCCAGACGAGGAAGGAAAGAGGAGGGAUCAUCAGCAGUGGCGUGGUUUGAACAGUGAAAAGAGUUCCUACUGGAUUCACCCGACGCCUCCACUACUGUUCAAUCGGAUGGUCUCUGUGGUCUUGAUCCGAUACCCAAAUCAGUUAUGUGCGUAAAGGGGCGCAGGACUUCAGAGGUGCGUUGCUCUGAAACUAGUUUGGCUGAGCUGUCGUUCUAAGGGACUUGCACACCUCUGCUGUCGCUGUCAACACGGCACAGGUAGGAACGAGGAUCCCGGAAGAACUCGUUGUGCAGGUUACCAUUUUUUGAGCUUUACUUGUGCAUUUAUUUCCAAGUGCGCGAACUCAAUGGACUUGUUUACUUUAUUCAAGAAAGUAGUUGUCGCUCAAAGAUUUUGAUUAUAAAGUGAAUUAGCGGGACGAAAAUGAAGAAUCUGAAGAAGAAGAAGCAGCUGUUCGUGGUGAUGGAUGUGAUGUGCGUUUUAGUUGCGGCGCUGCCCUUCAUCAUUAUGACCAUCGUGUCCAAGCCAUAUCAAAGAGGCAUUUACUGUAAUGAUGAGAGUAUCAUGUACCCCCUAAAACCAGACACCAUCACCCACGGUAUGCUGGCGGCUGUCACCAUCUCCUGCACUGUCAUCAUUAUCUCAUCUGGAGAGGCUUAUCUGGUCUACAGCAAUAGGAUUUACUCUAAUACAGAUUUCAACCAAUACUUGGCUGCGCUCUACAAAGUAGUGGGCACCUUUUUAUUUGGAGGAGCUGUCAGCCAGUCACUGACUGAUCUUGCAAAGUACACUAUUGGCCGCCCAAGACCUAACUUCAUGGCAGUAUGCUCACCAAAAGUCUGCACAGGAUACGUGCAGGUGAUCAACUGCACUGGCAGGCCUCAGGAUGUCACGGAGUCCAGAUUGUCCUUCUACUCUGGUCACUCCUCUUUUGGCAUGUACUGCAUGCUUUUCCUAGCGCUUUACGUACAGGCGAGACUUGUAGCAAAGUGGGCCAGACUUCUCCGGCCCACCAUCCAGUUCUUCCUGGUGGCCUUCGCGGUUUAUGUGGGUUACACCCGAGUCUCUGAUUACAAGCACCAUUGGAGCGAUGUGCUGGUGGGGCUGCUGCAGGGAGCGCUUGUUGCUUUGUUAAAUGUGCACUUUGUGUCAGAUUUCUUCAAGAAGCGUCCUAAACGUUCCACGAAGCCUGACACGGCCGAUAGUGAGGAACCAGCAAGGAAACCCAGCCUGCAGAUUGCAGAUUCUGAGAACAGCAACCAUUACAACUACCACAAUCGUGGCCCUGUGUGAUAGUGGACUUAGGAACAAAGGCUGUGGUCUGCAGACCCCAAACCUGUGUGAUAGCUUCAAAUCCAGGGGCUUCCGCCUGUUUAGUUCAGGUAAUAACCUGGUUGUAUGCAGUCCUGACUCUUUCGGUUGCCUUCUGUCCUAGAACUGUGUUAAAUUUUAGUGUCUUUGUGAGUUUGUAAUCUGCCUUUUGUAUUUCUUUAAAAAAAAAAAAAAGGAGAAAAAAGUAAAAAGUUAGAUAUCUGGUCUGUAACUUUCAACUUCUCUCUGCAUCAACCACUCACUUCCCACCUGCUCCACUGGACUGAGGGAUGCAACCCAUCACUAGGUGCCAGAGACCCCGCUUAAAGACACCACGAUGACACUUUUCUCCUGUAAGAGAGAAAGAAGCAUAUUUUAAAGCUAUCAUUAUUGACAGUAUAGCAAAAUACACUUAAAGCUGCAUCAAGUGAAGCACUACAAACCAAAUGCAACAACCUUUUGUUUCCUGUGUUGGCAGUGCAGAUAACAGUAUGGGCUUCCAGUGUCUUUUUCCAGCACACUGACAAAUACAUGUCAGAUAUAAGUCUCUCUGCCUUUGGGUUGAUACAUGUACUACUUUUUUUAUGCAGUACGUACUUUGUAAGUACUGUUUCUCAGGCUCUGUGUUAGAAUGGGUCAGUAAAAGUACUGACAUUUCAGCUGUACAGAGUGAAGGCAGCAAUAACAACCUGAAAGUGCCUGAAAACUGCUUGAAGAUCUGGGUGUGGAUUCACUCUGGGGGGGUCACAAUUACUAGCAACUGUUUCACAUCCAGUGAGUUCUUUAUUUUAUUAGAACUAUGCCGCUUAAUAGAGCUUUAACAUUAAUGUAUUGUUUUGAUUUCUGUAAGUAGAGAACCAAAUUUGUCUAGAAUAAUAAAAUUGAAGUACAAAUGUUCAGGCAAGAAUGUUUCUAAAUGAUGGUGAAUUCAUGUAAUUUUAUUGCACCUUAAAACUGCCUAAAACACUAGAAAAAUAUUGCAUUGCUGAUGGCAGAUGGACUUAUUUUCUUUUCCUAUAUAAUGCCAUCCUGUUGACAAAAUGUCUCAAAAGCUAAAAUGCAGUGUUUUUCCUGGCAGUCGAGUCUGUGUCACCUUUUUCAGCAGAAACUUUCUGCCUAUUAUUUGAUAAACAAAUAUUUAACAGGCGCCCCAAUUAAUGAGGCUGUUUAAAAAAAUAAUUUUAUUACAGUGCUGGUGAUUUUUCUUUGGCUCUGUUUUAAACCUUUUUGAUGGUUUUAACGGCUGUAGACCAUCCAAAGCUGCUUUGAAAUCAGGUUUAACCCCAUGUCAAACAAGAACAUCCAGUUACAUUUCAGUGCCGUGUAAACAGAUCUGGAUCCCUAUUUGGACAAUGUGUUCUUAAAGUGGCUAUACAGGUUUGACAGUGCUGGUGACUCACUUAUUAGAUCAUAAAAAAUUUUACUUUAAAUUACUUUUUAUUUCAACUGCUAGUGUUGGCAAACUUUACUACCUGUCACAGAUUUUUUUGCGCUUAGGGAUGGCUUAUGUCCAGCCUGGAACAGAUUUAUUUGUUAAAUUAGUUAUGCAUUUCUAAAAUGUAAACAUGUAAUUAUGGCUCAGAUGAAUGAUUUAGAUUUUCCUUCUGUGAAAUGGACUGCAGUAGCAGAAACCAUUGAUGCCAGUAGCUUUUAUUUCUGCUGGACUUGAUGUGUCAUACCACUACUACACUGCCAAUGAAAUAUUAAGAAAUGUUGCCUCUAUCUUGUGUCCCUUUUUCCAUUUUCUUUUAUUUUUGUGGUUUUGUUUAGCAAAUAUUAAUCAAAGAAGGAUGAGACAGCCAUUUUGAAGAUGGUAUAUAAGUUAUUCUGAAUAUAAAAUGUUCUUUAUUUACUUUUACAAGGUUGGAAGUGCCAGCUAUAAGGUUUUUGUGCAAUCAACCCAGCUUGCCACUAUGAGCCACAAAUACUGUAUCCAUGAAUGCUAUGCUGAGACAUGUUUUUAAGUUUUGUGAAGGAUGUGUGUAUUUGUACACCCGUGUUUGAAAUAAAUACAUUUAAAGCAAUA